AUGGAAUCAGAAACUCCAAUUCUUCAACCAACAAAGGUUUUAUCUUCUCGCUCAGUUGCUUUAUACACAUUAAUAGUGGGUGGAGUAAUAAUAGGAAGUCGUUACCACCCAAAGUUGCAAUUCAUAGUACGCGCGUUUCUUAGUCUAGUUUGUCUUCUAUUUUUUUCGGCUUAUGGAAGUAUUCUCGCGGUCAUAUUUACAAUUCUAGGUCGUCGAGAUGAAAUAAAUUGGGCCACGGCGCGUUCUUACGUAGCAGUAGCUGCCCCAUUGGUUGGAAUCACAUUCAAAGUAGAAAAUGAACAUUACAUGGACAAUCGUCCCGUCAUUUUUGUCUGUAACCAUCAAGCGGCUAUAGACAUGAUGAUACUGGGAAGAAUCUUCCCAAAGUCUUGUGUAGUUGUUGGAAAAAGCGAAUUGAAAUACGUACCAUUAUUGGGUUCUUUCAUGCAUUUAAGUGGCGCGAUCUUUCUCGAUCGAGCGAAUCAUGGGAACGCCGUGAAAACAUUCUCGGAGGCAGUAAAAGAUAUCAAGAAACGAAAUGUCAGCGUUUGGAUUUUUCCUGAGGGUACGCGUGGACAUUUGCAAGAAGCGAAUCUUUUGCCAUUUAAAAAAGGGGCUUUUCAUUUAGCCGUGCAAGCGCAAAUUCCUAUUGUUCCGGUUGUGGUCUCUAAUUACAGUGACAUAUAUGAUUCAAAACGGAAAAUAUUUAGAGGCGGAGAAUUAAAAAUUAAAGUUUUGCCCCCAAUUCCGACAGCUGGCCUCGAUCAAGAGAACCGAGAACAUAUUGACGAGCUCACAACUAGAACACGACAAAUUAUGUUGGAUACCUUGAAAAGUAUUACAUCCUCACCACUUGAAAAUGGUCAUACGAAAGAAAAAUAA